ACACAUUCGGAAAUAUAUUCGUUAGCAAAAGAAUUUAAUCAGCUUAAAAUGUUUUAUCAAAUGAAUGACGAUUAUGAGUUAGAAUUAAAAGAAACAUUAGAGAAAGAAGAAUCUCCUCUUGAAAAUAUAGAGUUUAGCAAUAUAGAACAACAAUUCGAUAAUCAAAUCCUUACAACUUUACAAAUUGAAAAGUUUCAAAAAAUAUUUGCCCAACAUACUAUUAAAGAAGUUUGCUGUAAUUCUAAAAUGUGCUUAAAUAAAAUUGAUCAUGAAUCAGCAUUUCAAAUUUUUGAUAUUAUUCGAAAAUUAUCAAAAACAGAGUAUAAUAUAUUUCUCUUAGGAAUGCUUCAUACAAUGACUCGUUCUAAUGAGACUUUACGUGGCAAAGGAAAACAAUACUUAACAGUUAAAUAUACUUUUAAUAAUGAUGAAAUUUGCGAAAUAGCUUUUCGAACUGUAUAUUCACUAUUAGAUAAAAAAUGGAGAAAUAUUCAUAAUAAUUACUAA